GUAAACACACAGCGCGGGAGGAGCCGGAGCCCCAGCGCCGGGGGAGACGGGGACGCUGCCCGCGGCCGCCCGCCCUCCUUCCCUCCCUCCAUCCCCGCCGGGCUGUGGUCCGGGAGACGCGGCAUGAAGGCCCUUCCGAGACCGUGGAGGAGAUGGGCACCUUUCUCCUUGGUUCGCUGGAUGUGGAAAAUUUUGGAAAUGUGGGACCUAGCUUAGAAACGCAGAUGGUGGAAGAUGAAACUGAGACAACAAAUGAAGAACUGCCUCCUCAUCUGCGGGAACAGCCUCCCGAAGAUGCCAGCAAGGACCAUCCACAGCAGCAGGCAGGAGUGAUCUGGAGAGUGACGGGCGGCCUGUUCAGUAUCACCCGGGGAGCUGUGGGGGCCACGCUGGGAGGAGUUGCCUGGGUGGGCAGCAAGAGCCUGGAGCUCACCAAAACAGCUGUGACCAGCGUCCCUGCUGCUGGCGUUGGACUGGUGAAGGGCAGCGUCUCAGCAGUGACCGGCGGUGUCGGAGCUGUGGGCAGUGCGGUCGCCAGCAAAGUCCCUUUCACUGCAAAGAAGAAGGACAAGGCUGACUAAUCCCCAUUACAGCUCCUUUCCAGAAGAUAAAUCUGCCCAUACUCUCCCCCUACACAGCACCUCUUUGAGUUGGAACCAGGCGCUUCAGGGAGGGUCGAGCACCCGAGCAGACUCUGGCUGCAGCCUGCUCAGCACUGCCUGCCUGGCUCAGAGUUCACAGAGCCGCUGUUAAUGCCUUUCACUCUCAUCACCCACCGGGAACCAUCUCUAUUCCGAGGGCUUUAAAGGCACCAUUGUCUCUGUCUUGCAGUUCCCUUCCUCCCUUCUUGCUCUUGGCCCAUCCCACAAGCUGCUCCCAAUCACUUACUCCCUGGCUGAAUUGCACCCUUCAGAGAAGGAACCCCCAAGCUCAGCAGAGCAUCUCCAGGAAUGAUGCCACACAAGAGUACCUUACGUCCUGGGCCAUCAACUUCUGCACUGAUUUUCUUGGUGAGAGGCAAGAGGAAGAAAGCUGAUGUAUGUUCCCGUUCCCAGCUGACAGUGGCAUCUGCCACUAUAUCUGUGAUAUAGCAAGCACAGGUAGUGGUGGUCCACAGGGAUACAAACUGGGGCCUUGGGUUUGACCCUUGAAAUCCUGGCAGCAUCCCCAUCUGCAAAAGGGGCAUUCUGACUCUAGGCCGCACUCUCACUCCACAGACACCAUUAGUAACCACAAGCAAGCGUGUUCCCAAAUGCCACCCAAGUUCUGCUGCAGGGUGGGAGGGGAGGCUCUCUCUGUGACCCCGGGGGCAGUGGCCUGGCUGGAAGUGGGCUGCACUGCGUUAGAGAAUGCUUCCCCAAGGGGCUCCAGCAGCAGCUAGCCUGCGUGGGGCACCAGCAACUCCUCCUUCACAUGCUGCUCCUGGGGCUCCAGCCCAGCUCCUCUAAAUGACCAUGUUGCACUAAACAGCCCACCCACACUCGUAGUGCUGCAGAAACCCAGACACCUGCAUUCCUCUGGGAGUCACAGCUAUCCUCAGCCUGGCCCAUGAUGCUGAAGGGGCCAUGUGGCAUCCUGCACAUACACACACGCACGCACACUCACUCCAAGGUCCCCUGUAAUUCUCGAUGAGGAAAGCCACAGGUUCCACAAUUAACUCUGCCACUCCUGGCUUUGGCAGGUGGUUAGCCUAGGUCGUUAGGUGUUGGAUGCAUAGGCAAGUGAAGCAGUGCUUGUGCUGUAUUUUAUCAAUAUGCAUCUGUGUUAGCAUCUGUGUACGUGUCAGUCCACAGGCAUGUCUUCAGCCAGGUAAACAAAACUGUGCCACUGCUGCGGAGGAGUUUACGUAGUCAUCUCCGGCACUUCCAGCGUAUAGUUUUUAGAUAGGGUCCUGGUCAAAAUAAAAAUCACGUUUUAGAGGAUAUUUCCCACUCUGUUGCCCAAAAGCAUAGUUUAUUGAAACCAAAGGAAUGUGAAAAAUCCCCUUUCUGCUGUCUAUGUGGUUUACUUUCUGCCCUAUCUUUUGGACACUGAAGCCAGCUUCCUUGAUCUUCAUUUCCCAUUGGAGUUUGCUGCACUUCCUGGCUGCUUUCUUGUGCUUAGGACUUGGGCAUCAGGGAAUAUUUAAGUACAACCCCCUGCCACCAUUUUAGCUGAAUGUUCAUGGGCUUGUGAAACAGUUUUCAUUCAGACCUUUAUUAAAUCCAUGUUCUGGGCCUGGCUUAAGUUGCUGUGUCCCGCUGCUAGUCAUGCUGAUGUUAGUCUCCCUCCAUACCCUUUGCUGGGUAGUCCCUGCUGUUUGCAGGGGCAAGAAGUUGCUGAUCUCCACAGUGUGUUACCCUUGAUAGCAUGAGAGUGGUUUAACCUACAUCUUUGGUUUUGAAGAGGAAACAGCCUUUGGUAUGUGUGUGCAUUUCCUCACUUUGUCUCCUUUGUUCUGGUGAAGGCCAAGUUGACCCAGACGUGUUGGUUUUGUCUCUGAAGGCAGCGGCUUCACAGAAAGAUCAGGCCUUGAUGUGUGCCUGCACUUUGUUGGGAUGCUCAUGGCAGUUGGCAAGGCCAGAAUAAGUCUUGUCUGUUCUUCCUUUGUCUCAAAUGCCCUGCAAAGCAGGAGGGCAGGUUGCACUGCAUGGAUCUCUGCUCACCGCUCUCCCUGAGCACAUCUCAUUUCUUAUUGCAGAUCACAGACUACUCCUGAAGCCAGCUUUAACCCCAAAGCUAAAAGCUGCUUGUGCAGAACUAGCUGUGCUGUCACCAACCCUCUUAGAAAGAUACAGCUUCUUGCCAAUUGGGCAGAAUACAGUCUUCUUCCUAACUGCCUCCCUGAGGCCUUGGACGGGAGAAGAUAGUAUCUAAGGAGCUUUACUUACCAGCCACCCCUGGGCAGGUGAUGGGAAGCUCAUCAUGCUUUUGGCUAACCGGUAUCCCACAUGGGCUGUUGCUGGAGGAAGCAGUAGGUCCUUCCCAAGCCGUUGUCUGCAGGCACCAUGUGUGCAGAGCAGUCAUGGAACAUGGGAUAAAGGUGUGUUAAGGAAGGCCUUAGGGGUCCUGAGGGUUUCCCAUCUUUUGAUUUCUGCUCUUCUGUGCGUCCUUGCAGUAAACAGAGUAGAGGUCUCCAUUUGUCUGGAACUGCCAUUUGCUUGUGGGAUGGCCUGGGGAAGAGGUGUGAGGGGAACUCACAGCCUAAAUUGCUGUUCUUGGAGCUCAGCUAACAGAGAACUCAUGGACCAUAAAUAGCAGACAAAGGUAAACUAGCAGGUAUGGCUAGAAGAUUAAAUCUGCUCCACAGCCAGGGCCUCACACCACUUAAUGGGCAUUUAGGAAUAUAUAACUCUGCAGGACGCAGAAGGCCUCUGGAAAGUAUGUCUCUGCUAGCGUGCUGGGCCUGCUCAGUUCACCCAUGUGACCCAGCCCCAGGCUGCUUUUUGGGGCACUCUCAGUGCCAGAGCAGAAGGAAAACGGUCGGUGUUCCCAGCCUGAGAGCAAAGGCACCUCCUGACAGCUUUGGUUGCAGAACAGUAGGAUCUGGAUUGGAUGGGGAAGCUCUUGGCUCAUGACGGAUGCCCCGUCUUUCCUCUUCCCCCACUACAGAGACUUCAGCCUGCUCAGAGUCCACCUUGGUCACUGGUACAGCCCUUCUCCCACUGCCCCUUCAUGAUAAGCGGGGCAAAAACUACAUUGAGCAUGAAUCCCAUUGAUACUGGGGGGGGACUCGGUACAAAAUGGGGAGCACCACCGAGGGAAGGACGAAGGGAGCUAGUACAAGGAUCACCAGUUUUUGGGUGACAGUAAGAAGAUGAGGAGGGACUGGUGACAGGAGGAGGUGAGGGGAGAGUAGGAGUAAGGGGGCGAGACAAGGGGGAGCGUGGGGGGAAUUUGUGUCUUAUGACAGGCUCUGAAUCAGAGGAGAAACGUGAUGGAGUUCAUCCUAGGGAAGAGCGUGGAAAGGAAAGUGGACAAAUGUGGCUUUUGGUGUGUGGUGGUGGUCCACACCUGGCUGGCGCCCUGCUUCCGUAGUAGUGAUGAUAGGUGUUUCCAUUUAGCUAGAUCAAUGUGCCCAACGGAUGGUCCAAGUGCCAGAUCCGCUCCCUCCUUCUCCCCUGCCUUCCCAGAUUUCCCCCAGGCUGUCACCGUGAUCUCCUCAUGGUGGAGGUGGGAUGUGGCCCUCCAUGCAGCCCUGUGCCCCAGCACAGCUGGGUGUUCCUCAUGCCCAAGGAAUGUGCCCCAGCUGAGAGGAGAGCCCACAGGGGCAUCCUCUUCUCCCUUUUCCCUUUAGCUCAUCUCAUAAUGCUUUGCUUUCUUUUUUAUCCCUCCCUUAGCUUUUUGUCUUGCCCCUGGCUAGAGCUCUCCGAAGCUCUCAUCGAGACCCUCAUUAAACACCCACGCUCGUAUUGGCUGGGAAGGCAGAGAGGGUGACUCUGCCCCACAGCUCCCCUGGCUGGGAGAGAAGUGCAUGUCUUCCACCCCUCUCUGUCCCCUUGUAUUUUGUGUAUUUUCCUUUGGGUUCUCUUGUUGGCUCUUAUCCCUGUGGGUGGGUCAUUUCUAUGUCUCCAUUGCACUCAUCCUUGUAAAAACAACAGCGUGAGUGGGGACAUGGAGAUGGCUAGAGAGCCACAGAGCUGCUAGGAUGGAUGCCAGGGCCCGACUCUGCUUCUCUAGGAGCCGAGGAGCCCUUUGGCAACCCAAAACCAUCGCUGUGGCCACGCAGUCCUGUGCACGGCACUGGGCUCCAGAGAGCACUGCUGUUCCUUUAUCAUUUCAUUGUCUGUAAUUGGUUUCCUACUGAAUUUGUUUGCUUGGUUUGUUUUGCAGUGUGUUUCUGGGAAUAUUCUGCAUCUCUGUAUUUUAAAUACAGUAAAAUUUGAGGAUAAAAA